AUGUCCGCCAGCCCUAUCUAUCUCGGCGUUGUUGGUGUCGGUGGUGUUGGCACCGCAUUCCUCUCUCAGCUUGCCCGCCUUCCCAAUGCUCCUAAGCUUGUCCUCCUGGCCCGUUCUUCGCAGACCCUCCUCGCUCCGACACCGGCGUACUCACCGGCCAUUCCCGCGGCCGACUGGGCAACCGCCGCCGCUGCCCCCUCUCUGAACAAGGCCGGCGCCCUGUCUGCCGAGGAGAUUGCUACAUAUCUCGCUUCGGCCCCUGGACGCGCUAUCCUGGUCGACAAUACCUCUGACAUCAACCUCGCCCGCCAGUACCCCACAUUCCUGAAGAAAGGCGUUUCAAUCGUGACUCCCAACAAGAAGGGCUUCUCUGAUGACCUGUCUUUGUGGAAGGAUAUCUUCGCAUCCGCUGCGGAGGGUAAGGCGCUCGUCUACCAUGAGAGCACUGUAGGCGCUGGCCUGCCCGUGCUGUCGACUCUGAAGGACCUGGUUGCAACUGGCGAUGAGGUUACUCGGAUCGAGGGCGUAUUCUCCGGUACUCUUUCUUUCCUGUUCAACACUUUCGCCCCGGCGUCUGGCUCUUCGAGCGCCCAGUGGAGUGCCGUUGUUGCCCAGGCCAAGGAGCUAGGCUACACUGAGCCUGAUCCCCGUGAUGACCUGAACGGCAUGGAUGUCGCGCGUAAGCUGACUAUUCUGGCCCGUCUGGCUGGUCUGGAGAUUUCUCGACCCGACUCUUUCCCUAUUGAGUCUCUUAUCCCCGCUGAGCUGGCCUCGCUUCCGUCUUCCGCGGACGGCAUCACUCAGUUUAUGAACCGCCUGCCUGAUUUUGAUGCUGAGAUGGCCACGGUUAAGGCCACCGCUGAGAAGCAGGGCAAGGUCGUGCGCUAUGUCGGCAGCAUCGAUGUUGCUGCGAAGGCCGUCAAGGUCGGGCUGCAGUACUUCGACAAGGAUACCGCCAUCGCUGGCCUGAAGGGCAGCGACAACAUUAUUAGCUUCUACACCAAGCGGUAUGGUGCCAACCCGCUGAUCGUGCAGGGUGCCGGUGCUGGUGGCGAUGUCACUGCCAUGGGCGUUUCAGCGGACCUGCUCAAGGUCGUGGAGCGCCUGCGCUAG